GACCUGUACCAGCAGCAGCUCGUGGAGCUCAACGCCUGUCACUCGCUCCUCCAGGCAGACCAGGAGCGCCUGUCCCAGAUGCUUUUGCCGUAUUAUUACUCAAUACUAGUUCUUGACUCACAGUCACAGUCGAUGUCGACUUUAUCUCCGUUCUGCAUGACUGUCCGAGAUAUUUCAAUUUUGCAAUAAAGUCCAAGUGCAAGAAGAAGUGGUCCAGUCCAGUAGUACCAGUAGAAAUCUAGGUUCUAUAAAAAUCUAGUUGCAGUUCUUGCAAAGAAACAACCACAAGAAGAAGAACUUCUCGGAAAUAGAUGCAUAAACAACUUGCUUAUACUCAGGUACGUGAACGCUUCGGGACAGCUAGUACUGGAGGCCGCGGACCCGACCAUCAUUAUGUUCAAGGACGGGCUGGAGUUACGACUGGCGGAGUUCAAGGAAGAUAUUUCCUGAAAAUCAACCAUUCCCGUCCACCAAUUUGUCACGAUGCAAAAUAUGUUGGCACACGCAAAGCGAAGUCGCGUUUUGUCAUGCCAAAAGUGCUGGCUGGGCCUCGCCUGGGGUCGGGUGAAGUUUGAUUUUCAGGGAAUAAAAGACUGUAAACGGAUACAGCAGAUCGAGCGGCGGCUGCAGGCGAAGAUCGAUGCGGCGACCGCGGAGUACGAACACACAGUGCAGGAUGUCUCAAACGUCGCGGACGGGCGCAUUCUGAAGCGCCUGCGCGAGCAGCAGCGCCUCAUUGACCUGCAGCAAGCAGAGAUCGACGAAAUUCGGCACGAGAAGAACUGUCUCCAGGCCGAGACCGCAAGACUACGGGAACUGACGAAAUUCGGAAACUACAACGAGGCUGUUCCAAUACGGAAAAACUACACCACCAUCGGAGACGACGACCUGCCACGGUAUCUAUAUAUACCUUUAUUGUUUUACGUUAAUGUCUACCUUCUAGUUUCUCCGCUUCCUACUUGUCUUCUCGCCGCACGACCUCAUGAUGAGCCGCUGCUCUCGUGCUUUCGUAGAUGAUCCGUCUUUCUCUUUCUCGGCCUCCACCUGCCCGAACUUCAUCCUAAUCGGACCUGACAAGUUGCAGGGUAAGUAAAAGAUUUUCGGCUUAUUACAUGUUUUCUAGCAUUUUCAGUUUCACCAAUUCAAAAUGACAUACAAAUCAUCUCCCCAGGUACCCAACCGCUCACCUGACUUACCACGGGACUGUCAACCACAACGAAACUUCGUGGGCAAAGCGCCCCGACCGCGCCCCGGCGGUGAUCCAUUCCGAUCAGCCACCUGGCGACACUUGAACACUACAAAGAGAAUUUUCGACAUCAAAAUAAAACUUAUCUGCCCCUACUUUCUUGCAGCAUUCUAGACUUCCAAGAACCAGU